AGAGGGGAGGUGUUGGCAGGAUGUGUGACCGCAGCGGCGGGCGGCGGCUCCGGCAGUGGCUGAUCGAGCAGAUCGACAGCGAGCUCUACCCUGGCCUCAUCUGGGAGAAUGAGGAGAAGAACAUGUUCCGUAUCCCAUGGAAACAUGCUGGGAAGCAGGACUACAACCAGGAGGUGGAUGCUUCUAUCUUCAAGGCCUGGGCUGUUUUCAAAGGCAAGUUCAAAGAAGGUGACAAAGCAGAGCCAGCUACGUGGAAGACACGACUGCGCUGUGCUUUGAACAAGAGCCCUGACUUUCAGGAGGUGACAGAAAGGUCCCAGUUGGACAUCUCUGAGCCCUACAAGGUCUACAGGAUUGUGCCAGAGGAAGAACAGAAAUGCAAAGCUGGCACUGCCAACGGGAGCAGCCUGAGUGAUGUCAUGGAGAUGGACUGCAAUUCCUCUGCAAUUGACAACCUCAUUAAAGAGCCUCCCUGUGUAGAUGAAUACCUAGGGAUCAUCAAGAGAAGCCCCUCACCACCCCAGGAGACCUGCAGAAACCCCCCAAUACCUGACUGGUGGGUGCAGGAGCCCAGCCCUGCACUGCCCCUGGUGAAUGGAUACCCCAGCUAUGAGCAGCAGCAUUCAGGCUACUCCCAGAUGGUGAUCAGCUUCUUCUACGGCGGGAGGCUGGUGGGCCACGUCACCACCUCGUACCCCGAGGGCUGCCGGCUCUCCCUCAGCCAGCCCUCCAGCCACGGUGAGAAGCUCUACGCCGCGGACACCCUGGAGCACGUGCGGUUCCCCUCCGCCGACACCAUCCAGAACGACCGCCAGAAGCAGGUCACCAAGAAGCUCUUUGGGCAUCUGGAGAGGGGUGUCCUGCUGCACAGCAACAAGCAGGGCAUCUUCAUCAAGAGGCUGUGCCAGGGCAGGGUCUUCUGGAGUGGGAACACCAUGGCCUGCAAGGACAAGCCUAACAAAUUGGACCGGGAUGAGGUGGUGAAGAUAUUUGACACCAACUUGUUCUUCAGAGAGCUGCAGCAGUUCUACAACAACCAGGGCCGCUUCCCGGACAGCAGAGUCAUGCUGUGCUUUGGAGAGGAGUUCCCAGACACGGUGCCACUGCGGUGUAAGCUCAUCCUGGUCCAGGUGGAGCAGCUGUAUGUCAGGCAGGUGGUGGAAGAGGCUGGGAAGACCUGCAGCAGCAACCCCAUGGUCCCUGUAGCUGAUGAGACCCAGCAUGAGCAGGUGUACAGGAUCUUCCAGGACAUCUGCACCACACAGCGGCCACUCUUCAGAGAAAACCAACAAAUUGCUGUCUGAGCCUCCUUCUCCAGACCUAAUGUAGUGGUUUGAGUUGACCUAGACUCAGUUUGGUCCCACUAGUGCCUAAAUUCCCUCUUUUGGAAGGUUGGGUUUGGUUUUUUUGUUUCCAGGCCAGAGUCUGUAUCAACACAGCAGCAGAUAUUGCUGUGAGGAAGUAAGUUGGAUGCUCAGCAUCCAUCCUGUGGACACGUCACUGAUACAAAUGGCUCUCAUACCAAGCAGGGUAGUCCUGCUGCUGCUGUAUACAGCUCAUGGCAGGAGGGUGGUCUCAGUAUUGUUGUCUACAGCUGAUGGAAGGGGAAAGAAGGAGGGAAGAUGAGGGCUGGCUUUGCUUUGCAUUGCCUUUGCUGAAGUCCAGUCAAGCAGAACCCAAACCGAACAAGUUCUAAGGACCUGCCCUUGCAGUCUUGCAGCUCAGACCUUGCUGAGAACAGUGAUUUGCUAGGAGGUAACUCCUGGAAAAGCCUUAAAAUGCUCAAAUGUAGGGAAUUCUUAAAAGAAAUCAACUUCCUCCCCAGAGAGUCCUGAUGACAGAAGGUGGGGCCUUCUGAGGAGAACCUCCUCAAAUUCCUCUUUAUUUUGACUACGAGGUUUCUGUGUUUAUCUGUACUACCCAAAUAAUACUGGAAACCAAUGCAGAGAAUUAUAGAUGAAAUUGGUGAACUAAGAAGAACUUGAGGAUUUUUUUUUUCCCCUAAUCAGACAUAAAAGGUUCUUAUCAGUCUAGAAGAUCUGUAAUUUUAAAAGCAUAGUGUCAAUAGGUUGGCUUCACCCUCCCAGAUGCACGUGUUGGUGCCUCCCAAGCAUGACCAGGCAGCAGCAUCCAUCUGUGAAUCCGGAGCUGCUUGGACAGGGGGCUGGUGCCUUGCAGCUGACAAAACCCACAACUGCACAUCUGUCUGUCACUAAGCUGCCUAUUUAUUAUGCCUGAAGGUUUAUUAAUUCUCUUGUUGGCAUAUUUUUUUUUUUUUAAA